UUUGACUUCUAUAUCGAAGGAAGAGUUAAAGGAGUUUUAGUAAAAGGAUACUUUAACAUACGAGCGAACGUACUACUAGACCUAGCGCCUAAGCUGCUACUAGGAACCAAGUUUAUAACGGACCAUGGGGUUAAGAUUAACUUUGUUAAGUCUAUAACAAGCUUUAGGUCGGUUUUCAACAUAGUAGUAGAAGGGCACGUUACUCGAAAAGGGCCUAUUCCGGUAGUGCGCAAGGUUAUGUUAGCACAUACCGUUACGAUA